AUGCAUUAUGUCCCAAUAGCAUUGCUCUUUAUAUUUGACGACGUGCUGCUUUGCGGGAGCUUAAACAGGAAAGGUGUCAUUCUCAUUGGCGAGAUAGGUGGCACGGCAGAAGAGGACGCAGCUGCCCUCAUAAAGGCAACAGAGCAGUCUGAAACACCAGAUUUACCUGAAGUUUUAGGUGUCAUUCUCAUUGGCGAGAUAGGUGGCACGGCAGAAGAGGACGCAGCUGCCCUCAUAAAGGAAAGUGGAACUGAAAAGCCUGUUGUUGCUUUUAUUGCUGGACUCACUGCUCCACCUGGCCGGCGCAUGGGCCAUGCUGGAGCUAUUGUAUCUGGGGGAAAGGGCACAGCACAAGAUAAAAUUAAGACCCUCAGGGAGGCUGGGGUGACGGUGGUCGAAUCUCCAGCCAAAAUUGGAGUUGCAAUGCUUGAUGUCUUCAAACAAAGGGGUCUUGCAUGAGCUUCACCUCACUCCAUUUCAGGCAUCUUUUUUGUGCAGAAAUAAAUUAUUCAGCGUGCCAUGGAUCUGAAACCCAAUUUUAGUACAUAAUGCAAUGGUGAUGAUUUUUAAUCUCCAUUAGACUUGAGAUUUACCUUUAUUUUGUCCGUUUGGAUUUUGUCCUUAGCUUAUGAUAGCUUGAACUCAUUACAAGCUUGAAACCGGAACACUUAAGUUACACGAGACUUCAAGCUAGUAAGCUCAUAUAACUUGGAAAUGAGGGAAGAGUUAUUUUUUGUUUGUCUGUACACUUUAAAAUAAAAGACAGCAUCAUCUUGUUGGAUGAGAUCAGUGAGCACAUGCUCUUUAGUAUUACUGCAUAAUACUUGUACAAACAUAUUGGGAAGCUGUUACCUUCAUCAUCGGAAAUCAAUGGGCAAUUAUGGUG